AUGAUGGCUGGAUAUACCAGUUUGUAUUCUGGGCUCAGCGGUGAUCAAGGGCCUGAUCUACUGAGACAUUUAAGUUUCAACCAGCAGAAUCUCUUCGGGACUUCUUUAUGGACUGCAUGGAGAGUCAUGCCUAGGAUGGAAGAUCCUGUAUACUUCACAAUGUUCCCUGAUGAGCAUCUAGAUCCGCAUGAUGGGUUAUAUGCCACAUCAAAAAUGGAAUCACCGCUUGCAGAGUAUGAGCCAGAACUAGUUGAUCUGUUUUACACCUAUGUACAUCCAUUCUAUCCUGUGAUGGAUUGUAACAAGGAGGAAUUUAUCCGACGGCGGCGAUCUGGCAAAGUGAGGGCAUCUCUAGUGAGCUGCAUAUAUAUACAUGCAGUUGAAUUCUGGCACAAGUCAGAGUCAUUAAAAGAACGCCCCAUUCCCCAAACUGAAAACAGUUGGAAUUCAAUAUUUGUCCGUCUUGCGGUGGAAACCCGUACCCCAAACCUCGAUACUGUCAGGGCUUUACUUCUAUAUAUGCAACUUCCUUCACAUCAUAUCCGAGCGCCGAACCGGCCUGGCCACUGGUCUUUGAGCACAUUGCUCGUCGGUGUCGCCCAAGACAUCGGUCUUCACAUCGACCCGACCCAAUGGCAGAUUCCGAUGGCUGAACGAAAGGCUCGCAGAGUUCUGUGGUGGGCUGUCUACGCACACGACAAGUGGAUGGCUCAUUGGCUCGGGAGACCACCGCAUAUCGGUUCUGAUGAUUGGAGUGUUGAGCCGUUGGGUCUUGAUGAUUUCUCGGAUGAUUCCGGCCGGAUUCGAGUCAGUAUCCUGGAACAUAUCAAAGCUUUCAUCACAUUUGUAGAUGCCUCUGUUCUUCUGGACGAGAUAUUGCGGUUGUUUUACACUGUUCGAAGCAAGCCGUUAGGAGGAGAUGAUGUCAAGAUCAAUACCGGUGUCCAUGCCAGGUUUCUAUCGUGGAUAGACACGGUGACUGCGUUCAAACAGCCCAGUUUUCUCGCGCCAAAUGUCAUUUCCCUUCGAAUUGCUUGCUAUACGCUUGAAUUGUCAAUACUCCGUGGUAUCCUUCGGUACGAGCAGGACACAUCACAUGGAACGACAAUCCGACACGCUCUGCAGAUUGUGAAAAACGCAAUGGAUACACUCGGUAAUAUGGGCAGACUGGACAAAGAUGGACUGUGGCCGUCAUAUUGUACAGGAAAUCUGCAAAUAAUGGGCUCGGUACUGGUCUCGCUAUGUCUGUCCAGCACGGAUGAUGAGAUUCUCGCCGAACGCUCUAGUUUGCUGCUCGAUUUUCAGACAUCGUUGCAAAACCUGCUAGGGUCUACGCUGUCGACUCUGGUAACUGCCAAACAUCCAUUGGUUCGCUUAAAUCUCAUUCUUGAUCAAAUUUUCACGGGGCAAAAUGAUAUACCGUGA